GAAAAUUAAAUAUUGAAAGUGAAAAAAAAAAUUAAUAAAAAAAAAAAAUUGAUAAAGAAGACCAGUGAAAGGAAACUUUUGGUUCUUUGGAUCGCCAUUUUAACAUCUGGUUGUGGAUCCGAUCGCUCUUCCGUCGUCGAAUUCAUUCGUUCGUCUCUACCGAAGUACUUGAGUGAAACAAGAAGAAGAAAAUAUGUUGGGGAUUAUUAGGCAAAAAGCUUUUGCGCAGUCCCUGCAGAGGAUUCGGCCUGCUACUUCAGCAUGGAGAGGUUAUUCAUCCGCCGCUAAAGAGAUGACUGUUAGAGAAGCACUGAACUCUGCUCUCGACGAGGAAAUGUCUGCUGAUCCUAAAGUCUUCUUGAUGGGAGAAGAGGUUGGGGAAUAUCAGGGCGCAUAUAAGAUAUCUAAAGGGCUUUUGGAGAAGUAUGGUCCUGAAAGGGUUCUUGAUACUCCGAUUACUGAGGCUGGAUUUACUGGCAUUGGAGUUGGCGCUGCUUACUAUGGUCUCAAGCCAGUUGUUGAGUUUAUGACAUUUAACUUUUCUAUGCAGGCAAUUGACCAUAUCAUUAAUUCCGCUGCAAAAUCCAAUUACAUGUCUGCUGGCCAGAUAUCUGUGCCCAUAGUUUUCAGGGGACCAAAUGGUGCUGCAGCAGGAGUUGGUGCUCAACACUCUCAUUGUUAUGCUUCAUGGUACGCCUCCUGCCCUGGGUUGAAAGUGCUGGCCCCUUACUCAUCUGAAGAUGCUCGUGGACUGCUAAAAGCUGCCAUAAGGGACCCUGAUCCUGUUGUUUUCCUUGAAAAUGAGUUAUUAUAUGGUGAGUCAUUUCCUGUUUCAGCUGAAGUACUUGACUCCAGUUUUUGCCUUCCAAUAGGAAAAGCUAAGAUUGAGAGAGAAGGGAAGGAUGUGACUAUCACAGCCUUCUCAAAAAUGGUGGGCUAUGCUCUCAAGGCAGCUGAGAUACUUGCAAAGGAAGGAAUCAGUGCUGAGGUUAUAAAUUUGCGCUCAAUUAGGCCACUAGAUAGACCCACAAUCAAUGCCUCAGUCCGGAAAACCAACAGACUGGUGACAGUUGAAGAAGGAUUCCCUCAGCAUGGUGUUGGGGCUGAAAUCUGUGCAUCUGUUAUUGAGGACAGCUUUGGCUAUCUUGAUGCACCGGUUGAGAGAAUUGCUGGAGCUGAUGUUCCCAUGCCCUAUGCAGCCAAUCUUGAGAGAAUGGCUGUACCUCAGGUUGAGGAUAUAGCACGUGCAGCAAAGAGAGCUUGCUACAGAUCUGUACCAAUGGCUGCAGUUUAAUCAUACUGAUUCAGUCUAGAAACCUUAUUAAAUCCAGGAAUUCUGGAGAUUGUAAUUUUUGCCCCUUCUUACACAUCUGAGGAUUGCCUCGUUGAAUAACAUGGAGAAUGUUGAUGAUCAUGUUGAUGUUAGAAAUUGUGGCUUUUU